AUGUCACAACAAACAGCUACACAUAUAACUGGACAAUGUGAUGUUGCUGCUAGUGAAAAUAGUCCUUUUAGUUCUCCCAUAUCAUAUCAGCCAGUAUGCCAAAGGUGCUUCAAUCCAUUACAGUUGGAUCAAGAUUUCGAGCACUUACAAAAAACGGAACUUAUGACUUUACUAGAUGCUACAACUGCUGAUGGUGAAAUAGCUGAUCCUAUUAAUUUGGUACCUGUUCGAAAUCCAACAACUUCUCGACCUAGAUUCAUUGUACCGCCUAAUUCAGCAUUAUCCUUAUUAAAUGAUGAUGAAGAUCCACUUGAAACUCUUCAAUCAUAUGAAGGACCAUCGUCUAGUCUUGAUCAUCGUCUCAAGGUGAAUGCUUGUCUGUUCGAUGUUUUAAGUGGUCGUACUGAAGUUGAUCAUCCAUUAUGUCAAGAAUGUGCUGAUACUCUACUACUGGCUAAACAACAAUGUUUAGAAUUUCAAGAAGAAGAAAUGAAAUGUUUACAAUUUUAUCUAUCGUAUUUGGAUUCAACAGCUGGAAGAAUUGAAGCUAAACUUAAAUCUAAACAAGCCUCUAAGAUGAAGUCUGCAGAGACCAAACAAACUAGAUCUUCACUUGAAACAGAUGUCAUUGUAAAUGAUAAACGUAUUUCUAAUCAGAAAGGUAUUAUGGGUAAUGAUUCAAAACCAAUAACUUCUAAUGAUAGUAAUCCCCUUCAUGAUAAUGUUGAUGGAUCUGAUGUUAACAACAGUGAUGAUAGUGAUGACGACAACGAGAGUGAUAAUAAUGAUGAAACAGUUAACGACUCCGCUCUGAUCGACUGUAUGUUGAGCCAUACAUUCCAUGAAGAAAAUGAUAAUGACAAUUAUUUUGAUGAUGGUGAGGAUGAUGAUGAUGUCGAUAAAGAUGUAGAUGCUAAUGCUGACCACACCGAUCCUAUUCAUACUACAAGAAAAGGCACUACUUGUGCUACUACUGAUACAAAUCCAGAGUUGAAAAGAUAUAAAGUUAAGUCAAGUUGUAAAAAAUAUGGUACAAAUAUUAAAGAACUUGAGCAGACGUUAAGUGUUUUACAAUCAAAUUUAAACGAGUUACUUUUUGAAAGUGAUCGAUUGGACAAACAAAUUGUUCAAGAUACAAUAGAACUGGAAAAACGUACAGAAGAAUUAGAUAGAGCUACAACUCAGUACAAUGACCAAAAGUUGGCCUUAAUGGAGGCUGAAGAGGAGAUGCAGUGUCUAGAAUCUCGACUCACUUAUGCUCGAAGUCAUUUACGCCGUCUGCAACGUACAAAUGUGCUUAACAUUGCUUUUCCUAUUUGGUAUGAUGGUCAUAUUGGAGUAAUAAAUGGUUUACAUCUUGGUCGUUUGCCUAAUCGUCCUGUCGGUUGGGAAGAGAUCAAUGCUGCUUGGGGACAAUGUGCAUUGUUAUUGCAAUGCAUUGGAAAAAAAUUGAAUUUUACUUUUCAAAAUUAUCGUAUUGUACCAAUGGGAAGUCAAUCAAAAAUUAUUCAAUUGUCAAUAUCUAAAGAAUUUCCGCUUUAUUAUACUACAGGCGGUAUGAGAUUGUUAAGUGCUGGCAAAUUUGAUACAGCUAUGAUAAAUUUUCUGGAUUGCGUGAAUCAAAUUCAAAUUCUUGUGGAGCAUUCAUCUAAUAUACAACUACCGUAUCGUAUAAAGGAGAAAGGGAAAUUACAAGAUCCUGAUGGUCAAGUUUUUUCGAUCAGAUGGAAUGGUAAUUCUGAAGAAAAUUGGACAAAAGCCUUAAAAAUGAUGCUGAUCAAUAUGAAGUGGAUUAUCGCCGCACUAUCUGCUCGAAAGAGUAAACAACGCCUGCCAACAACAGUGAAACCACCUGGUGUACAGUCGACUGCUAGCACCUCUGAAACCUAAUCAAUAAUUUGUAAUGUGGAUUAAACGUGUGCCUAAAUGCCUCCAGAAACAAAUAGAGUUUGAAACUUUUCAUACAUGCCGGUGGAAAACGUCCCUCUCCCUCUAUAGACAAAAAUAUUAUGGAAACGGGUCACGAAGUUCAUGUUCAAACAGCUUUCUAAGUUUUAUGGAGAAACAGUCAGUGACCCAUACUGAGCUUUAUGGAAGGUUGACUAUACCCGAAUUGAAACCGUCAUUGAUUCACUCUUCUUUUUUGUUCUUAAUUUUCAUUCCCUAUUUAUGAUGUCAGUUGUUUUAUUUGUUCUCCCAUGCUUCAGUUUUUUGUGGAUUGAUUUGGUAAGGGAAUGUGUUAUCAGAUUGUUUGAAGUGUAUUGCACUGACAUGCCACAUAUUGUUCACAUGAAUAUCGUUCGCUAAUUUUAUCAUCUAAAAUCUUGUUCAACUUGUGAAAUCUCACGUAGAUAAUUGCUGUGAGAAGUUAUGCAGUUCAGUUGAAAUGCAAAAUCAUGCUUUAUCUCUGUUGCAGGAUAUCUCUCCUACUUGCCACGCUAAACUCAUC